AAGGCGCGGAGUCCGGGCGUGCGGCUGAGAUGCCACUAAGUACCACUGGCGUCCUGAGCUCCUCUUCUGCCACCUCCAUCAGGUCAAGGAAUAGGACUCGCUAUCGAACCAAAGCCCUGAGCUCUGAGGUGGAUGAGAGCCUCUUUGGAGGUAUCAAGCCCCUGGCCCAGAGCGACAGCCCCAUUGUGCUGCUCCGAGAUAAGCCUACCAUUCAGAAAACUCUCACUGCCCUGGGCUUGGAGCACAAGCCAGAGACCAUCCAGCUCAUCACCCGGGACAUGGUCCGGGAGCUCAUCAUUCCCACCAAGGAUCCCUCAGGGGAAUCCCUUAUCAUGAGCCCUGAGGAGUUCGAGCGGAUCAAAUGGGCAUCCCACGUCCUGACUCGAGAAGAACGGGAGGCCAGGGAGCAGGCCUUCAGGAAAGAGAAGGAAGCCAUCGUGGAUGCAGUGACCACACGCAAGAAGAUCAUGAAACAGAAGGAGAUGGUUUGGAGGAACAACAAGAAGCUCAGUGACCUAGAGGAGGUGGCCAAGGAGAGGGCGCAGAACCUCCUGCAGAGAGCCAACAAGCUGCGGAUGGAGCAGGAGGAGGAGCUCAAGGACAUGAGCAAGAUCAUCCUCAAUGCCAAGUGCCAUGCUAUCCGGGAUGCCCAAAUCCUGGAGAAGCAGCUGAUCCAAAAAGAACUGGAUGCAGAGGAGAAGCGGUUGGAUCAGAUGAUGGAGGUGGAGCGGCAGAAAUCCAUUCAAAGGCAGGAGGACCUGGAUAGGAAGAGGAGGGAGGAAAGAAUCCGAGGAAGACGGCACAUCGUGGAACAGAUGGAAAAGAACCAGGAGGAGCGAUCACUGCUUGCUGAGCAGCGGGAGCAGGAGAAGGAGCAGAUGCUAGAGUAUAUGGAACAGCUCCAAGAGGAGGAUCUAAGGGACAUGGAACGAAGGCACCAGCAAAAACUGAAGAUGCAAGCUGAGAUCAAGCGCAUCAAUGAUGAAAACCAGAAACAGAAAGCAGAAUUGCUGGCUCAGGAGAAGCUAGCAGACGAGAUGGUGAUGGAGUUCACCAAGAAGAAGAUGGCUCGAGAAGCAGAAUUUGAGGCUGAGCAAGAGAGAAGCCGGAGGGAGAAGGAGAAGGAGAUCACCCGCCUGAGGGCAUUGCAGGAGAAGGCCCAGGAUUACCAGGCAGAGCAGGAUGCCUUGCGGGCCAAGCGCAACCAGGAGGUUGCAGACAGAGAGUGGCGCAGAAAGGAAAAGGAAAAUGCACAGAAGAAGAUGGAAACAGAGGCCAGGCUGCGGGAAAGUCGGCUGGAACAGGUGGCUUUCAAGGAGCACGCUCUGGCCGUCCAGGUGCAACGGGACCGAGAUGAGUUUGAGAGGAUUCUUCGGGCUCAGAGAGAGCAGAUUGAAAAGGAGCGGCUGGAGGAGGAGAAGAAGGCCACAGGGCGCCUACAGCACGCCAACGAGCUCCGGCGCCAGGUGCGCGAGAACCAGCAGAAGCAGGUUCAGGACCGGAUCGCCACCUUUGAGGAGGGCCGGCGCCUCAAAGAGGAGGCCCAGAAGCGGCGUGAGCGCAUUGAUGACAUCAAGAAGAAAAAGCUUGAAGAGCUGAGAGCCACUGGCCUUCCUGAGAAGUACUGCAUCGAAGCUGAGCGCAAAGCUAACAUCCUGCCAGCCACCUCUGUGAACUGAGGGAUGCCUCCGUGCCCCUCAGGAUGCCUUCAGGGGACAGAUUCCGCCCAGUCUCUAGGUGUCCAUAACUGCUGCUAACCUAGACAUUUCGUAGUUACAGAUUAAAUCUAUUCUACUUCU